GGAUCCAUAAAGACCUACUAUGACAUGACCAAUAACAUCACCUGAGAAGUGUUGGUUCACUUUUGAAGAGGAUUGAUACCAUUUUCUCUUUAUCUCAAGAAGGAUGGAACAUGUGGAAAUGGCUUUUAUUUUUUUAAUGAGUGUCUUCCGGUAUUACCCUAUAUCCCAGGCUACAGCACACUUUGAUAUCAACAACCUCUGGCUCCCCGGUUUCCACUGCCUCUUUUGCUGUUGGUUAAAGAUUCAUAGCCUGAGAUAAGACUGCAUCUCGCACGCUCCUCCAUGGAAUGGCUUCUUGAUACCAUGGACAAGCUUUUCGGGAGUUUGAGACGAAAGCGCCCUCUCUCUACCGACUUGCACUCUCGAUGGGGUGAUCUUUCAAUCACUUCCCCCAGUGAUGGGUCUUGGAGCCACUGGAAUCAAGAGACCGAGGUUAUUGCAGAUGCAGCCGAAGCCACUUCCUCUGAGCCCCGAUCUGCAACCCAGUCUGCGAGCAUACUGGAUGGCCAAAGGAAGUCCAUAUCUUCUCUACCAUCACGUCAUUACAAUCCCUCAUUGCGGUCUCAGUUGAAGGAAACUAGGCCUGAUCGCCGAACAUCAAAUUUCGCAUUCAAUAAUUCUAACCCUGCCGACGACUCACGUUGCUCCAACCCAAGAACGGAGUGCCUCCAUGAAAAAAGAGCUGCUAUGGACUCAUAUUGCAAGAACAGGCUGCAGGGGGAGGAGCCAGUCUCCGUGUGGAGCACCGACGAAGAUAGUGGCAGCGAGGUUGAGUCUCUCAGAGAGUCUUCCUUUUCAAUACAAAGCCCCCGUCCCUAUCGAGUAGCUGGAGAACCAGAAUUUGCCCUUUUAUCUCUCACGUCCCAGAUGCGACUGAGUCAACAAAGCAGCUCCACUGAGAACACGAUGGCAAGUCUAGGAUCAUCGCCCAGCAGAGCGAGUUCUCAACAUACAAGUUUUACGGCUCCAUCAGUACUAUCUGGACAUUCGUUUCUUCACGAGAAUAUUCCCCCCUGCAUAAACAAUUCGCCGCGUCCAGAAAUUGACAAGGGUGAUCAUUUUCAACACCACGGAUUCGAUCAAGAGCUAUCCUCUUGAUAUGACGUCGUGGCUGGUUGACGCUGUUAUUCAUCCUCCCCCCUGUUUUAUAUUGCUUUUGCUCGAGAACCUUUGAGGGGCUUGAAUGCUUUCUCUUGUUCUCUUUUGGUUUUCUUGUAUUCAGAGGUCUCGUCAAUCAUGCAUUGAACUAUAACGCUCUGAUUUGCGAGCAAGAAUAAACUGGCCUAGUACUAUCAUACCACAUUAGCCUUCUUCCGGCAUUUACAUGAGUUUUCUGGCCGAAGCUAAAACCAAACAUCCUCUCAUCCUUCAGAGCUUGAAAGUAUGAUAUUGAGGAUGGAUGACAAAGAACGAAUAUAAUAGGAGGUUCUAGUGGUAUAUAUAUCAACCAGCUAACGCUCACAGAAGACCUUUCACCGAUAUCCUCUGGCCAGAUUCCUAGCCAAAGUGACUUGCAGAGAGACUUCUGAGAGUGUUGCAGAUCAAUUCAACAUCCUCAAAAUUCCUUUGGACUACUUCAAACCUCUCCGUCAUCCGG